GGAGGCGCCUGUCUGGCCCAGGGAGACAGGGGAUGUACCGUGGGGGUACCUGAACUUCGGGCAUCGCAGGGUUUACUGCGACUAUCGGAAACAUUUGUGGUACACUCGCCAGUCCGAUGCGCGCCGCUGCGUAGGCGGCCGGGAGCCGCGGCCAAGCCAUGAGCGGCGACAUGACGCUGCGCUACCAGCGCCAGCUGGACGCCCGCUGGCAGCAGGUGGACAUCCAGGAGGUGUUCACGCGCGACGGCCUCUGCCGGCUCUGGAACCAGCUGCUGACCGACGGCGAGCUGACGGGCGCCUUUAGCGACGGCCUUGUCAACGCCGCCGGCGCCGUCGCCAGGAAAGGCGAAAGCGGUCACUUCUACUGCGGCGCGCGCUCGCUGACAUGUCCAUGCUGCGACGGCAUCUGCGGCCCUGGCUAUGGCUGCAACUGUGAACCGUGCCAGCAGCUGGACCGCGAGAUGGGCGGCGAGCAGGCCAGCGAGACCACCAGCUGCCUCUCGGCCUGCCGGAUCCGGCAGCGCGUGGCCGUGGUGCAGCGCUGCUUCAGCGCCCUACGACCGCAGCCGGCCGCCCCGCCGGCCGACGCCUCCUCCUCGCCGGCCUCCAGCACGGUGGUCUCGGGCCGCUGUUUGGGAGCCCGGGAGCCGCCAGCCCACAGUCUGGCCCGGGUCGGCUCCCGCGCCGCCAUGGGUUUCGCCAUCGCCUUCCUCCGGCGGGCCUGGAGGUCAGGAGAGGAUGCCGACAUUUGCUCCGAUCUACUUAAGGAGUCUCUGGACGCGUUGCGGUACCUGCCUGAGGGCAAUCUGUUCGACGAGGAGUCGGUGUCGCCCGUCUGGCUGGAGGUGGUCGACAAGGCCAAUCGCUUCCUGCGCUCCGUCGUGCUCGGUGAGGUGGGCGGCGUGCCCACGGCGGACCGGCACCUGGCGCUGUCGCUGUUGCUGGAGCUGGCCGCCCAACGAGCUGCGCUCAGCCAGAUACUCAGCGUGGUGCUGCUCAUCCUGCAGAUCUGGCACGACGCCGGACACACGGCCGCCGACAACAGGACGCGUCGGCACGGUAGCAGCGCGCCCCUGCUGCCCGUGCUGCACCGACUGCAGGCAGCGGCGGCCGCCGCGGCCGGCCAGGGUUCAGCCGCCGCCGCCGCCGCCCCUCACGAGCUGACGCCGGCCGCCCUGUCUCCGACCGAGGUGUUCCUGCGCCUGCUGGAGCUGCCGUCCGACCCAGAGCUGCACGUGGACCUGCGCCAGGUGGCCGUGGUGCUGCUGUGCCUGCUGGACCGGAUGGCGGCGCCGCUGCAGCCCGACAACACCGCCGCCAAGACGCCGGCCGCCGCCAGCCUCAGCCGCGUGGAGGGACUGGCCGACCUCCGAGUCAAGCAGAUGGCCUGCGGCGAGCAGGCGGCUCUGCUGCUGGCACACACGGGCGCCGUCUACCUGGUGGUGUACGGCGCCGACAAACAGUCGCUGGCGCCGGUGGAGGGCCUAGCUGACAAGGAGGUGGUCCACGUGUCGGCCCACCCGGAGGGGCAGCACUACAUGGCGGUCACCGCGCACGGCGAGCUGCUGUCCUGGGGUAACGGCGACGGCGGCCGGCUGGGCCACGGCGACUGCCAGUCCCUGGAGGCGCCCGCCCUGGUGGUGGCGCUCACCGGCAAACACGUGACCUGCUGCAGCUGCGGCAGCACUUACAGCGCUGCUCUGACCAGCUGCGGCGAGCUGUACACCUGGGGCCGCGGCAACUACGGCCGACUGGGUCAUGGCAACUUUGAGGACUGCCACCUGCCCACUCUGGUGCAGGCUCUCACCGGUCACCGCGUGGUGGACGUCUGCUGUGGCUCGGGCGACGCGCACACGGUGGCCGUCACGGACGCUGGCCUCGUCUACACCUGGGGCGACGGCGACUACGGCAAGCUGGGCCGCGGCGGCAGCGAAGGCUCGCGCGUGCCGCAGCUGGUGGAGCGGCUGCAGGGGGCACGCGUAGUGCGCGCCGUCAGCGGCGCCCAGUUCUCGGCGGCGCUCACCGACGCCGGCGUCGUCUACACCGGGGGCAAGGGCGACACGUUCCGACUGGGCCACGGCACCGAGGAGCACGCCAGGUUCCCGCUCAAGGUUGAGGCGCUCGCAGGGAAGAAGGUGCGCCAGCUGUCGGUGGGCGUGACGACGUGUGUGGCGGUGACGGAGGAGGGCCUGGUGUACUGCUGGGGCCGCGGCGUGGCCGGCCGGCCGUCGGUCCUGCCCGGCCCAGCGCCACUGGCAGAGCUGGCCGGCCGCACCGUUCUGGGCGUCUGCUGCGGCCCGCUACAGCUGUUCGCCUGGUCGCCGGGCGCGGAGAGCAAGGUGAGCCGCCGCGUGCCGUUCGUGGUGGACGCCAGCGAGGCGACGUUCGUCUAUCUGGAGCGGCUGAUGGAGAGGGCUGCGCCACCGGCCGCCGCCGCCGCCCGGCCGCCCACCCAGGAGGACGAGUGCAUGAUGGUGGCUGCGCUCCGGCUGCUCACGCUGCAGCUGCACGCGGCCAUCACGCACGGCCUGGACCUGUCGUCACUGGGGCUGGCGGCCGGCAGCCGGCUGCUGACUGCGCUCAAGAGCCGCGUGGUGGAGCUGGCUAGCGGCGGCGGCGUGCUCGGCUCGGUGCAGGCAGCCGCCCAGGCCACGCUCAAGGUCGGGUGGAGCGCGCUGCUGCCCACCGCCGAGGAGCGCGCCAAGACGCUCUCUACCCUGCUGCCACACGCCGGCUGUGAGGUGGGAUCGCCCAGCGCUGGCCGGCUCUUCAUGACCGACCUGCUCGUCUCGUCGCUGAUGGCCGACGGCGGGCUGGAGACGGCCCUGCGCGCCGCCGUCAAAGUGGAGGUGCAGGACCUGGAGGAGGGCGGCGAGAAGGAGGUGCUGCUGUCGCAGAUGAUGACCGAGCAGGCCCAGCUGGAGGCCGAGACCAAGCGGUCGCAGAGUGCCAGCGGCCAGAAGCCGCCCAUCCCGCUGCUGCAUCUGGUCAAACAGCUGCUCAGGAACAUCUCGUCGCAGACGCUGUACCGGCUGCAGGCGGUGUCGACGGCCGACUCGGCUCUGUCACAGUCUGCGUCGGAGCUGCCGCCGCCGCCGCCGCCGCCCUCCACCGGCGGCAGCGGCCUCCAGCGCUCGGCCUCGCUCGACCUGCUGACGCGCUUCCAGCGGCUGCUGCUGAAGCGCGAGCGGCACGACCGCGGCGCCGGCUCGCUGCUCGGCAAGUACGUCCAGCUGCUGAUGGUGUACGUCAACGACACGCUGUCGGUGGCGUGCGGCGUGGCCGCCGCCGGCUGCAAGCAGUUCGCCCUGGUUUCGGCCACGCUCAGGGACGACAUUGUCGGCGUGCUGGUGCCGGAGCUGGUGCUGUGUCUGCUGAUGCUGCAGCAGCGCAGCCCGGUGCUGCGCUGCCCGCACCUGUCCGGGCCACUGCUGCCGCUGCUCGACACGCUCGACCGCUUCAAUCGGCUGGCGCCCGGCGCCGAGCGCGAGGACACCGAGGACCUCGCCUGGCCCGGCAUCAUCGGCGCCUCGCACUCGACCCACUCGGUGCGCUCCAGCGACGAAGUGCCCGUGAUCAGGCGCGCCGACAUAGAGAACCACAACCGCGACGGCGGCCUCUGGCUCCUCAUCGCCGGCAAGGUGUACGACGUGCAGGACUUCAAGCGGCGCCAGCACUCGGCCCAGGCGCUGGACACGCUGCGGGGCCUGUUCGUGACGGUGGACUCGAGCACGCUCUCAUCGCCGCUGGUGGACGCCGAGCGGUCGCUGGCGCUGCUGCUGGGUCUGCAGGCGCACACGUUGUACCGCAGCGCGCCGCCGCAGCCGGCCGAGCUGCAGGCGCAGGCGCUGCUUGACAGCGGCGUGUUCGACGGCGGACUGGCGCGAGGCGUCUCUCAGGGACUGGACGACGCCGACAAGGACCGUGAGACCACCAAUUCCCCCUUCAAGGCUCACAUGGACUCAUCCGCCAUGGAGGAUACUGUCAAACUGAUUCUAGCGUAUGCGGAGGGCAUUGAUGAGGACGAGGGCGUGCAGCGGCUGAGCAGUGCCAUCUCUGGGCACUGCGACAAGUUCCACCUGCGGAUGCCGCUACAGGUGUCGCCCGACCACCCGGUGGAGCAGGUGGGCCGCCGGCUGCUGGCAGCCGUGCUGCCGGCGGCGGGGCCGGACGGCGAGGCGACCGAGCCGCGAGAGCUGCCGGAGCCGCUGCCGGAGCUGCUGCGGAUCGUGCAGCGGACCAAGCUCUCGCUGAUCCGCACGCGACAGCAGCUCGACUCCAGCUACAAGGAGGUCUGCGCCGAGCCCAUGGACAAGUGCCGGUUCCUGCUGUACAAGAUGCGGCCGCUGUCGUGCGCGGCGGCGCGCGCCGCCUCUGGCCGUCGCCUACUGCACCGCUCCGAAAAGUUCGAGGAAGACCGCUCCGAGAAGGUGGGCGAUGAGGAUCUCUCGGAGAAGCUGGUGGCGGAGGACCGGUCAGAGAAGCUGGUAGACGAGGAUCGCUCUGAGAAGCUGCUCGACGAAGAUCGCUCCGAGAAGCUGGUGGACGAAGACCGUUCGGAGAAGCUAGAAGAGGACGACCCGUCCGAGAAGCGCUCCGGCGGCGGGGUGGGGAGUCACGACAACCGAAGAGACGAGGCCCCCGAACAGGUGGUGAAGGACGCACUGUCGUGCGACUCGGAGCCUGGGGCAGCCGCUGCCGUCCGCGUCGUGCCCGGCAAGCUGGCGCUCAAGCUGGAGAUGAUGGAGACGACAGAGACUUGGACGCCCGCAGCGUGCGGGCCCAAGCGCGAGCACAUCGCCUCGGGCGCAGCGCUGCCAGAGUCGUCGCCUGUCGAUGUGCUCGAGAUUGCUAACAAGAUCGCCGCGUUCGUGACCCAGACCUCGGUGGACGUCGGCGUGGUGCAGAAAGCUCUCACAUGCCAGAUGGAGCGGGCCGGCCUGCGCCUGCGCGGUCUGGACAUGGUGCACGGCCUGCUGGCCAAGACGCACCUGGUGGCGUCAGCGCGCGUCCACCUGCUGAUGGGCUGGCUCGGCCUGGGACCCACGCUCAAGGCCAGCCACACGCCGCUGCCGUCGUGUCUGGACGGCGUGCGUCGUAGCCGGCCGUACGAGCGGGCACAGCUGCUGGUGCAGCACGGCCGGCUGCAGCAGCUGGCCGCUCAUCAGCUGCGCCAGCUGGCGGCCGACGCCGAGCAGCAGUUCCGCGGCCGUAGCUGCAAGUCCACUCGGCUCAAGGAGAACCUCAACCACAUGGACCAGAACGGCCUCUCGACGCUGCCGUCGGCCAGGUUCCUGCUGCCGCUGCUGGCUGUCCUGAGCGGGGAGCAUGGCCCGGACGUGGGCUCGAUGCUGGUCAGCUCCGGCCUGCUGGCCACGGCGCAGACCCUGCUCCGGCUGCUCGGUCCGGACCCGUCCGGUGGGCCGGAGGAGCCGCUCUCGGUGCCGGCCAUUCUGGAGGAGACGGUCGAGCGGCAGCGCUCGCCGCAGUACCAGCUCACCGGGCCCGAGAUGGCCGCGCUCAUGAAGAUAGGCACGCGCGUCGUGCGCGGCGAGGACUGGAAGUGGGGUGACCAGGACGGGCCGCCGUCCGGCGAGGGCGUCGUCAUCGGAGAGCUGGGCGAGGACGGCUGGAUCCGCGUCCAGUGGGACAACGGCUCGGCCAACUCCUACCGCAUGGGCAAGGAGGGCCGCUACGACCUCAAGCUGGCCGACGUGCCGCAGCCGCUCUCCUCCGACGACGAGGACGACGACGACGACCUCACGGCCACAGAGGCGCCAUCCGAGAGCCGACAGCCGACCAGCCUGUUCCGCCAGAGCUGCCUGCGGUUGCUGCAGGCCCACACGCUGGCGGCCGGCCUGCACGGCGAGGCGACGGCGCCCGCCAGCGUGCAUCGGCUCACGGCGCUCAUCAGGGACAUUGUCAGGCACGGCCGCACGGAGCCGGCCUCGCCUCUGCAGGAGCCGGAAGCGUCGCUGCACACGCAGCACCGCAGCUGGGCCACGCUGCCGCUGGUGCGGGCCGUGGCGGGCUGCUCGCCGGCCGUACAGCGCGCCCUCUGCCGGCCCGCCUGGCUCACCCUGCUGCUCGACAGGCUCGAGCCGCACGUGCCGGUGGAGGCCCAGCUGCAGAGCGUGCUGCUGCUGUCCUCAUGCCUGGCCGCCUGCCGCGAGCCGGACCAGAUGCGCGCCCUGCUGCACCGCCUGCUGACGCGCAUGGGGGAGGCCAUGCUGACUGGUGCCAACGAGGCCAAGCUGGCGCACGGCGGGGACGGCCUGGUGCGCGCCGGCGGACGCCAUUCCCUGACCGCGUCGCUGACCUCGACGCUGGCCGAGGAGGUGGUGGCGCUGGUGCGUCGGCUUCACGCGCUGCCCCACUGGACGGCCGUCACCAGCCAGUACCUGGCCGACUGCGUGGCGGCGCUGCCCGCCCAGCCGGCCGCUGAUAAUGAGGCGCCAGCCGAGUCGCCUCCGGACGACGCCUCUGGAGACUACCGCCAGGCGGCGCUGCUGGCGGCCGUCUCCGUCGUCGGCGGCGUCGACCCGCGGCCGCGGCUGGGCGGCCUGGUCCGUGUCGGAGCCGACAACCGUGGCCUGGUGGUGCGGCUGGGCGUGCAGAAGCUGUUCGUGCGCCUGCUGUGCUCGGGCGAGCUGAAGCGGCUGCCGGUGGCGGCCGUCGUCGGCCUUCCGUCCGUGCCGCCCACCGUCGAGAGGUUCCCGACGUCGGAUGACUUUAUCCAGAUGUGGGCCAACCUGCUGCUGUUCGCCAUGGAGGCCCCACGGGCGGAGCAGAUCAAGUCGCCGAUGCAGGCAGCGGCCGUCAGCCGCGCCGGCGUGCGCCAGCAACAGCAGCAGGUGGCGGCGCUGGCCGCCUGCCGCCAGCUGACGGGGCGGCAGCAGCUGCUGCGCCGCGUCCUGCAGAGCCGGCAGCUGCUGCAGCGGCUCACGGCCGUCGCCACUCAGCCCAGUCCGGUCAAAACCGGGUACAGCCCGCUCGAGAUCGAGGUGGCAGCUCUGGCGCUAUCGCAGCAGCUGGCGUACGACCUGCACCACGCGCGCCCGGAGCUGGGCGCGGCCGACACGCCGUCGCUGGGUGCGUCACCGCCGCCCAGCGAGGUGGUGCGCCAGCUGAUUGAGAUGGGCUUCGUGCGCCGCACGGUGGAGCGCGCCCAGCAGUGCAUGGACGGCGCCCCGAGCGCGGAGUCGGUGGUGGCCUGGAUCCUGGAGCACCUGCCCACCAGCGGCUCCAGCUCCGACUCCGAGGAAAGCUCCCUCUCCUCCGACGACGAGCGCGAGGAGGAGGAGGACGACGACGAGGACACGAGCACCUCCGACUCGGCGGCCGCCGGCGCCACCGGCUACCAGGCGCCCGUGCAGCCGGGCCCGGCCGAGGCGUUCCGCCGGCGCCACCAGUUCGCCUCGAACGACGACUACGCCCUGUACGUGCGCACGCACAUCGCCGUGGGGCUGACGGUGCGCUGCUGCCGCUCCUACGAGGAGGUGCACGAGGGCGACGUCGGCACCGUGGUCAAGCUGGACCGCGACGGCCUGCACGACCUCAACGUCCAGGUCAACUGGCAGCGCAAGGUGGGCACCUACUGGGUGCGCUACAUCCACGUGGAACUGUUGGGCGUGGCGGCCGUGGCGGCGGCCACCACGCACGUGCGCGUCGGUGAUCGUGUGCGCGUGCGACCGGCCGUCCACACGCCCAAGUACAAGUGGGGCUCGGUCACCCACCGCAGCAUCGGCAUCGUCACAGGCAUCAGCAGCAACGGCCGGGACGUGACCAUCGACUUCCCGCAGCAGGGCAACUGGACGGGCCUGCUGACCGAGAUCGAGCCCGUGCCCACCAGCCACCCGGGCGUCAGCUGCGCCGUCUGCGCCGCCGCCCCCAUAGCUGCGGCACCCUACGGCAAGCUGGCCGCCGUCACCGUUGCGCCGCACGAGACCUGGGUCACGCUGCUUUACGACCUGGCCGAGUACCACCAGUACAUCGAGAUCACAGUGCGCGAGUGUCGCGAGGGCGGGCAUCGACUGUCGCGGCACGCCCUGGUGCACGGCCGACAGCGGACCGACGACGAGACGGGCGCGCACCGUUGUCCUGGCCAGCGACGGCCGAGGAGGUCGCUCCGACUGGGGCCCAUCGUCUCGUAG